AUGACCAAGAUCUUUUUCGAGAUUUUCCUUCUUGAUGUAGGUAAUAUAAGCUCAUUAGGUGAUAACUCAACGACUGCUCCUCGUGAUUUUGGAUCGUCUAUUGAUCCUGUCAUCACAUCUGAUCCACCUGAGCCCUCCUCAAUUAACCUAACUGUAGAUCUUUUCCCAUAUUUUCCUUCGGCUGUAAGUAAUGUAAGUUCAUCAAGUGAUAACUCAACGACCACUUCUCAUGACACUAGAUCGUCUAUGGAUCCUGUCAUCAAAUCUGAUCCACCUAAGACCUCCUCUACUUUUGAUGUUUACCAUUCUAAUAAGGUAAGAUCUCCCCUUGUCCAUCUUAGUAAUUAUGAUUGUUUUUAUCUCUUGAUAUUCCUCAUAAGCCUCAUAGUUAUUGUGAGGCUUAUUUUGAUCCUCUUUGGUAGCAAGUUAUGUCUAAAGAACUUGAUACCUUUCACAAAACUCAUACAUAGAAUUUGA